AUGGAGGACGUGGCCAACGCGCACCUCUACGCCCAUGCCCACGCCCACCGGAGCAAGCGUCCCCCGUCGUCGGCCGCGAUGAAGGACGGGGACGGGGACGUCGACUUGUCCAUGAAGGGCGCGCGGUACCGCGGCGUGCGGCGCCGGCCGUGGGGCCGGUUCGCGGCGGAGAUCCGCGACCCCAUGUCCAAGGAGCGGCGGUGGCUCGGCACCUUCGACACCGCUGAGCAGGCCGCCUGCGCCUACGACAUCGCCGCGCGCGCCAUGCGCGGCAACAAGGCGCGCACCAACUUCCCCGGCCACGCCACCGCGGGCUACUGGCCGUGGGGCACGCCGCAGCCGGCGGCGGUCGCGGUCGCGCACCCGAUCAACAUCAACCCCCUCCUGCUGCACAACCUCAUCAUGAGCUCCUCCCACCACGGCUGCCGCCUGCUUAACCAAGCAGGACACGGACACGGGCACGGACACGGACAUUCCGUUCCCACCAGACCUCCGGCGCCGGCGCCGGCGACGGAUGACACGACCAUCGCAGGGCCCUUCCCUGUCGCCUCCCACCCCGACGUCGUAGCGAUGGACGAGGACGUGGACGACUGGGACGGCGUCCUGCGGAGCGAGCCCGCGGACGCCGGUCUGCUGCAGGACGCGCUGCACGACUUCUACCCUUUUACGCGUCCGCGCGCCGGCGGCGAUGGCAGGCGCGGCCUGUCCGCGGCCGGCGCCGACGACGCCAGGGCAGCCGCAGCUGCGUUGGUGCCGGUAAUGCAGGAGGGGUUCGUCUUUCCCAGCCCUUUCGCGGGCGUCGACGGGAACGGCGAGUACCCGAUGAUGCCGCAGGGCCUGCUCGAGGACGUGAUCCCACACUCCCCGGCGUUCCUGGAGGUCGUGGCCGCGCCGUCCGUCUCCGUCCCGACGCGACGCGGCCGCAGGGGCUGA